AUGAAUCUUAAAUUGUUGACGAUUUUAUUGGUCGCAUUGGACGGCUCAUCGACUUUAACGUUCGUGAGAAGAAGUCCAUUUCAUUACGAGUACAAAGACAUAUUUUAUUAUUUUGAAACUUUCUACAAGGCUACAUGGUUCAAGGCCUUCAUGUCCUGCAGUAAAAUGGGCAUGCAAUUGUUGAGCAUUGAUUCCGAUGAAGAGUUCGAUAAAAUCCAUGAGUUUCUCAAGGAUAAAAUUGAAUAUAAGCCUGAGCUGUCAAUCUGGACGUCGGGAGCGAUGAAGCGUAUUGGCCAAUUCAAUUGGAUCAAUACCGGAUAUCCGGUUAGAUUGUCCAAGUGGCAUCCGGGCGAACCGAACAAUUACGGUGGACGCGAAUACUGCUUGAAAAUUUGGAUCAACGACAACAGAUUCUUGUUGGACGAUGAUAGGUGCGACAGAGAAAUGCAUUUCAUAUGCGAAUCGAGGAAAUCUUCCUCAGAUUGUAUUUUCUACAUUAUCUAA